CACGGCAAUUAAACCCCGCGCGGGCCCACCACGACUAAAUGCCAACUGGUAACUCCCCAUUCCCCAACCUCCUCCGGUCAGAGUCCCGCCGUGCGACGCCGCGCCACCUCACCCCUCCCCUUUCGAACCGCCUGCCCCGCUCCGGCUUCGCUUCCACCCGCGCCACGACGCCACGCCACUACCCGUCCUCCUCCGCACCGCACCGCAUGCCGUGACUCAGCUGUAACCCUCCCCGGCAAAGCCAGCAGCACCGUCGAACAUGCGGCCGCGCCAGCUGCCCCCGUGCCUAGCGGCGGCAGCGCUAACCGCGGCGGCGCUGCUGCUCCUGUUCUGCACCCCUUCCUCCUACUCGCCCCGCCUCGCCUGGCCGUCCUCCCGCCCGUCUCACCCCUCGCCGCCGCGGGCUGAGUGGGGGCCCAGCCGCCCGCCCUCUUUCGCGUACUGGAUCUCCGGAACGGGCGGGGACGCGCGACGCGUCCUCCGCCUUCUCCGCGCGGUGUACCACCCGCGGAACCGCUACCUGCUACACCUCGACGCCGGCGCGGCGCCCGAGGAGAGGGAAUCGCUGGCCACCGCGGUAAGGGCGGAGGGGGAGGCGGCGUGGAGGGAGUUCCGGAACGUCGACGUGUUGGGGGAGGGGUACGCGGUCGACCGCGCGGGGUCGUCGGUGCUAGCCGCGGUCCUGCACGGGGCGGCGGUGCUGCUCAGGGCAGGGGCCCACUGGGACUGGCUCGUCACGCUCAGCGCCGAGGACUACCCGCUCGUCACGCAGGACGAUCUCCUUUAUGCCUUUUCUUCUGUACCAAGGGAUCUCAACUUCAUUGAUCACACAAGUGAUCUUGGAUGGAAAGAGCAUGAAAGAUUUGAAAAAAUUAUUGUUGAUCCAAGUCUAUAUUUGGACAAAAACACUGAACCCUUCCCUGCAACAGAAAUAAGACAAAUGCCUGAUGCAUUCAAGAUAUUCACAGGUUCCCCAUGGGUAAUUCUGAGUAGGAACUUCACUGAACACUGUGUGCUUGGUUGGGACAACCUGCCCCGCAAGCUACUGAUGUACUUUGCAAACACAGCUUACUCCAUGGAAUCCUACUUCCAGACUCUUAUCUGCAACUCUUACUACUUCAGAAACACAACUGUCAAUGGCGACCUGCGGUACUUUGUCUGGGAUGAUACUCCAGGCCUUGAUCCACUUGUUCUGGAUGAAUCGCAUUUUGAAAACAUGGUAAACAGCAGUGCCACCUUUGCGAGGAGGUUCGAGGAGAAUGCACCAGUGCUGAAGAAGCUGGACGAUGAGCUGCUGAACCGGUCUUCUGUCCAGUUAGUUCCGGGCGUAUGGUGUCCGAACUUGAGCAAAGAGCAGGGGGGAAUGGAUAUGGAUUCAUGCUUGAAAUGGGGCGACAUUAAUACUGUCAGGCCUGGGCGUGCCGGGGAGCAGCUCAGGCGGUGCAUUUCGGUGAUCAGUCAGACAAGAGGGUGCAGCUAGCUGGAUCAAUCAUUGGGGUUCAUCUUCAAGGAGACUAAAGGCCAAAAAUUUGGGGAACACAUUUUGUCUGCAGCUAAACGACGUGAUGAGACUGGCCUUAAGUUUCAUACGGUCAUCGACACCCGACUACCCGAGAUUGGCUUGUUCAGUUUUACAUGAUUGAAUAGCAAGAUUAGUAUUUAUAGACUAGGUAUACAUUAUAGCUUAGCUGCGUUGCCCUGUUUCGACCAUGUAGAUAGUGCAUAAAAAUAGCGAGAACAGGUUAUAUUGCAGCUGUCCGCACCACGUUGUUUGCCCUUGUAUCAUCUUUUUGUAUUGUAUUUUUUAGCGAGGAACCUUUUUGUAUAGCUAAUAGAUGCGAGAGAAGCAUACACAUGUAUACCAUCGGGUGUGAUGGUCUCAGCAUACUGAUCUUUGAGGCAGAACUCUGAAUUUUGUCUAUUUUUUAAGUAAUAAUAUUUUAUUGGAAAAUUACAAAAAUAA